GUUGGUUUAAGAGGCGCUCUUCUCGGGACUGCUGUGUUAACAAUUGGUUGUGUGGUUCGAACCAUCGUUGCGUACUACUGUACAUUGGGUGCAGGAUUCAAUGCUUCCGAGCGAUUCUUCAUUGCGAUAUCAUGGAUACCGAAGGCGACCGUUCAGUUAUCGUGUGGCUGGAAUGANUUAGCUCCAGUCGUUUUGGACAUGGCCAUACAUGACGCAUUACCGGAAAGUUAUCGUGUGGCUGGAAUGAUCAUUUUAACAGUUGCCGUUCUCAGCAUCCUUCUAACGGCUCCGAUUGGUGCAUUCGCAAUCUAUCUCACAGCUCCUAAAUUGCUGCAUCAUGACGUACCACAUCAACUACCUGACAAGGCUGUUAAUAAUGGUGUUAUGUCGGGUAAAGUUUUAGACUGA